AUGCGUGGGGUGUUCAGGCGGUCAACGCCGCAUAACCGUGCCUCCCGAUCCCACCUCCAGCCCGCCGCCACCUCCCGGCAUGCCCCGCCCCACCUCAGCGCGCGCAGCCGGCCGCCGCCGCGCGCCGCCACUGCCGACCCCGCCAGCACGCCUACCCCUAUCUCUGGAUCGAGGCGGGUCAACGAGCGUGUGGGGCGGCAGGCGGCUCUCCGGCUCGACCCGAUCGGAUCCGAUCGAGUGAGGCCUACACAGGGCGGCGGCGGAUGGGCUGGACGCACAGAACGACGGUGGCGUCCGGAUCCAGGCGAGCGUCGGCGGCACAAGGCGUCGUGGUUCUCCGGGGCAGCGCCAUGGUUGCUCCGCCGUGCUCCUGGAAGAGAACGAGGAAGGAUGAGGGAGAGCAAGCAUGGAAGAUGCCGAGAACCCAAGCUGCUCCCUCCAGCGUGCCCCCUCCAUGGCUCGUCGUCGCUCUGUGACCACAUCCAGCUCCAGUGCCAAAAAAAUAAUGGUGCCGAACAGCACAUACAUAAGUGUGGUGGACACUAUCCUGCGGCAUGAUGCUCCUGCUUCCCUGCUGUUUGCCAUGGAUUUAACAUAUUUGUCUUGUUGGGAAUCC